GAAACGCUGUCGUCAUCGUCGCUUCUGACUUGAGAUUCCACUGGCGGGUGAUACAAACAUUCUAAUGCUUAGAGCACGGAAGCCUCGUAGCGCAGUGGGUUGAGUGCUGGACUAUGACUCUGGAGACCAGGCCUCUCAAACUAGGCUCCUCGGGAAGUGUGGGAUGCAGAUAGGGCUUGAGGUCGCUAUUCCUGGCCUUCCUUUGAUGCCACAGUGUCAUACUUGAAAAACCAAGCAAAUAUCGCCCAAGCAAUGAAACCCAGUUGAAGGAAGACCGCAGAAGAGUCCGUCUGGAUCACGGCACAGAGCUCUCCAGCCCAUUAUCCUGUUUCCACCAGAGGAAUCUCCUCUCAAGAUGGGUGAGGAUGUUCCUCAAAGAUUCCUGGUGGCUGCUGUUGCGAUUCUGGUUGCUGUCUUCUUCUUUUGGGGAGUCUGUGAUGGAGAAGAAAUCUAUGCAGAGAAAGGAUCAUCGCCGGAGUUGCCGUGUCCAUGUUCAUCCUGCUCUGGAGAACUUACCAGAGAACUGUACUGGUACUUUGAACAUCAAGGCAGUGCGACGCCUCUCUUUUACAAAAAGAAGAAUAGCCAUGUGAUAAAGCGUCUCCCUGCCUCCUGGGAUCGCCUUGAUGUGCUUCAGAGUUAUGCCCUUCGCUUUCGCAACCUAACAGACAGUGAUACUGGCCGAUACUGGUGUGAAAUGGGCAAUUACUAUGACCUUGUGGUUGUCACUGGCAGAAAGCUAAUUUUGGAGAGCAGUGAGGCCAAUACAAUAUGCUAUGUCUUGAGCUGCUCCAUCUCAGGCAAUGAGCUACUUAGGGAUGUGGGCAGCUGGUGGGAAGCUGGAAAACUACUCCAGGAGGAACAGAAAGAGGGAGGAUACAGCAUCUUCAGAGGGCAAAGAGCAACACAGCUUCACAUUUGCUUGAAAAAGGUGACUUCAAGAGCAGAGACCAAGGAAAGGAGAGUGACAUGUCAGUUUACUCAGAAGACUGAGAUCACCUUCACUUUAAAUGUACACGAACAGGAUUUCUGUCUUGCUAGCCAUUUGCUGCCUAUUUCACAGGAUUGCUUGCUGUCUCAGUGUCCAGAAAGCAGAGGAAAUGGAGAGACAUGGAUCCCAUUGGCUGUUUGUGUUGCAUUGCAGUUUCUUAUCAUAUUUGCUCUGGGGCUGAUACUCUGGAGAAGGACUUGUAGGGAGAAGAAGGAAAACCAUCUUAAAAGGCUCCAGAAAGAUGUUUCCAAAUCAGAAUACAAGCCACAAGUGUAUGAGAAUGUCAAGAACAGAUCAGAAAUGCUGUGACAGGGGAAAUACUCGGCUUUUCACUGAGUCAGUCAAUCCUGGACCACACCCAAAAGCCUUGAAAAACACUGUUUUUUUUUCUUUCCCCCAGUGUGUCUUUCUCUUGUUUUGUGAAUUAUUCCAGUGAGGGGUUCCCACCCUGCCAAGCCCUUCCUAAAGCUCUAGGCCAGCCUUUCCUACCCUGCUGCUAUUGGAAUGUGUUGGACCUACUUCAACUGGGACCUACCAACACACAAAAUGCAAACAACCCUCUCAAAUCCUUGCAGACUCCAAACAUGGAACCAAAAGUCACCUUCUCUUGAAAGUUCUAUAUGAGAAAGGUGAUGAAGGUCUUCAUCUUUCAAAGGAGUAUUGCAAUCUUUUUUUUUUACCAGUUUUUGUCAGGUAGGUUUAAGAUGUAUCCAGGAACCAUAAAAAGAGUCUAUAUGUGGACAGGGCUAUACAGUUUGGUGGCAUCCAGCCACCUCUUCUUGCUCCGGAAGCAGGCUAUGGCAUCCACAUGCCGCGGCCUGCGCGCAGAGCAAAAAGAAACCCCCAAAAGAGGUUCCUUUUUGCACCGUAGAAAGGGCAUCAUAAGCACUGCGGCAUGGCAUUAUGAUGCCCCUUGUGUCCAAUGCUGUUUGGGUGCUGCACACAAGGGACAUCAUCAUAGUACGUGCCGUCUGGAUGGGUGUACUCCAUAAUGGCGCCCUGGCGGAGAAAGAAGGGCUUCGAGCGUUUGAACCCUACCGUGUAUGUAGGCUGGCAUAAACUGCCGGUCUGUCGAGCCCCUAUGGCUGUCCUUUUCCCAGCCCUGCUUUGGUAGGAGUCAAGUUAGGGCACCGUCCACGCUUCAGAAAUAAUCAAGGUUGACACAGCUUUAACUGCCAUGGCUCCGCUGCCUAUGGAGUUCUGGAAUUUGUAGUUUUGUGAGAUAUUUACCCUUCUCUGUCAGAGUGCUCUGGUGCAUUUUGCAAAUGCCACCAUUUUAAUUUAGAACUCCAUGACUUGUUUGAGGAGGGGAUCUGUACAACUGUGAUCCCCCUAGAUGCUUUUGCAGGUUAUAGUUUCCUUCCCACCCUAGGAAGCAUAGUGCUGAAGGAUUAUGGGAGGAACAGUUAAAAAAAGGUUUGUUUUGGAAAGUGCACAGUUGCCCACUCCAUGUCUCAUUGCAUGUGAAAAGUGGCAAUUGAAGGUAGAUGGCCAGAUUUAUUACUGCUUUUAAAGCAGAUUUAAUAGAGGCUGCCAAAUGGAGAAAAUGAAUCAUGGUGCUGUGGGAAUUUGUUGUUUAAACCCUCUCUCCCGAUCUAUGCUUAUGUGAAUAUCACUCCACUUCCCUCUGAAACUUCUUCAUAUAUGGGAAAACAUAUGAUUUUGGUAAUCUCUGUGUUUUACCCUUGAAGAAAAAUAAUGAAGUGACAAUGGGAGGAACUACACUGAAGGCUUGACCUGAGGGUUCAGUUGAGGCAGUGGGUUCUGGAAUUGGUUCAAAGACUGCAUGAGAUCCAGCAGAGAUCCAGAUGUGGUCCUGAGGCCAGAGGCUCCCCACCUACAUAUAGGUCAUUGGCUGCCAACUUGUCACCAGCACAUCCCAUGAUGGCUAGUAUUUGGUGAGAAGUCAUUACUACCCCUCGUCCGCCUUCUGCCAAGCAGCCAAACAUUAACCCAGAACCGGGUCACACACAGAACCAAAGGACUACUACCUCCAGCCUCUUGUUUUCCAUUUUGGAUGCCUGCUGAAUUGAAAGCCGCACCUCACAUGGUGCAUAGCAUAUGAGGUAGCUGCCUUGGAUCCUAUCUCAGGAGAAAGGCAGAGUAUAAACUCAAGAAAUAACAUAUAGAUAAAUAGACACAGCCUGGGAACUGAUUCUGACUAGGGAAAUAAUGACCUUUUAAUUUCAGUUUUGAUCUGAUUCUCAUUUUCAAACAUUCUGUCCCAACUUGAUAACCAGAAGAAGGUGGUAGAUGACACCCUUAUCCCUGACAAUAGAAGUCCUGGCAAUCUGAUGUGCUGAGCCUUGCAAUCCACUACAGCAGCAAUGGAACCAGACCCUUCCCAGUUAAGCAGCCACUGAGCAGUUACCUUUGGAGCAGCAACUGGGCAGCUGGCUGAGCAGCCACCAAGAAUCCUCUCAUUCAUGCCAGCCUUGUGGCAAAGGCUGACAUGGGUGAGAGGCUUCUCAAUCACUGCUUGACUGGCUGCUGGUCACUGCUUUCUUUGCAUGUGGUCAUCCUGGGAGCAGCAUCUGAGCAGCUAGCUGUGCAUUAACCAAGAGGUUUCUCACCUGUACCUUGUGACAAAGAUUGAUGUGGGCAAGAGGAUUCUUGGUUGCUGGUUGACUUGCAUCUGGUCACCCUGGGAGCAGAAACCAAACAACUGCCAAAGGCCAAUGUGGGUGAAAAGCUUCUCUUUCACUGCUUGAUGGGCUGUUCGGUUGCUGCUCCUAAGGUGACAGUGCAAAAGGAAAAGCUUCUUUGCCAGGGUGGAGAGGGGUACAGCUGGCUUUCCCCAUUUCUACCUGGUGAGGAAGGACUCUCAAUCUGAGAGAAGCAAGAGAAGUGAAGGACUCUUUCAAAGAAUUGACCUCAGAUACUCCUCCCCUCCAUCCGUAGAGAUGUCAUCCCCACCACAAACAUUGUUUAUUCUGUACCUCUUCUUGUGGCCUCUCUGAAAGAAAGCAGGAGCAGUGCUGCAGCUCUAGCAUGCCAGUCAAGUCCUGGCAAAGCUCACAAGGUUUAAACAGGGUCCCAAAUUUGAAAGCUCCUUUUUGCUGCUGCUUCUUUCCCACAGCCACUGGUUCUAAUUCAUCAUCUCCACCAUGGCCCUAAAGGCUGCUGUUGCCUCUUGUCUUUCUUACACAUUAAUAUUUUGACUGAAGGCUCCCCUUCUACCCCCUUUCCCACACCGUCAUCCUGUCGCUUUCUUUUCUCUCACCACCCCCUGGCUCUUUCUACACACACCCUGGUGUGUGUGUGCAUAUACUGCCCACGUUGGGAAUCACACAGAUCUAGAGCUUGAAAAAGUUACUUUUGGGGUUACAACUGCCAGAGUCCCCCAGCCAGCAGAAGGACAACAGCUAUAUUAGCUGGGAAGUUUGGCAGGUGUAGUCUAACAAGUAACUUUUUCCAAGACCUUCACUGAUUCGAUAGCUAUGGCAUACCGGCUGGGACACUGAUGCUCUUGUAGAGAUUGGUGCAUAUGGAGGUUCUACAGUAUUUUCUUCUCAUUUAUAAAGGAAGGAAUAUGCUAAGAAUACAGUGAGAGGUUUGGACUCACUUUAUGAUCCUUUUUCUCCUUCCAACCAUUCCAGAUUAAGGCUGUUCCUUCAUGGCAUCCUUGAUCAGAACAGUGACUUGAUUUGUCAGAGAGUGUUUUGAAGGGAAAGCUGCAGGUUGAUAAGGGGUAACAACAAGAACAAGACUCGUUCAGGCAUCAGAGUUCAUA